UUUUUUGUUCUUGUGUGUGUAUUUCAGUGUAUUUUUUGUUGGUAGUGUUUGAUGAGUACUUGUUGCAGUAGCCAAACCGGGUGAAGAAUUUUCUCAGAUUUCCCCUAUUUCCAUUAAAAUUCUGAGACAAGUUUUCCGUACCUUAAUCGAUUUCCAUUAGCUAAAAAUAUGUGCUGCUUAGAAACCAUGAAAAGUGAGGUUAUUUUGAAACGAAAGCAGUUUUUCCGAAGUGCCUAUAACCGUCGUUGAAGAGUUUGGAAGUGUGUACCGCUAGACGCAAUUUAAAUAUGAAAGAACGUGAUUAAUCAGAUUUCCCUAUUUUGUAAUCAACGAUGGAAGAUUUUAACGAUGGAGUUGAUGGCAAGCAAGCCUCCAGGUUACGAACUGUUAAUUCGGAGCAAUUCCAGACCCUUGUCAAAAUGCAUCUAUCUUUUGAAUUGGACCGAAAUACAGAGGACAAUGAUUGCAUUAUUGAAAAGGCAAAAAUAAAGAAAUGGGGACUACCGAGUUUUUCCAAAAAACCCAAGUCGACUAUGAAUUUACAAAAAGGUCACGAAGGUGCGGCAUUAACACAAGAGGGCAUAAAUCAAGUUCAACGUUUAAUAGAAUACCUCUCUCAAGAACAAUGUAUAAUGCAAGAGGGAAUAUUCAGACGCACUGGAAAACUGACAAGGCAACAAGAUCUAAAAACUUCAUUGUAUCAUGCCCUUCCGCUGGAUCUUUCAGCGGGCAGAUUUAGCGUGCAUGAUUGCGCAUCUGUUCUCAAAGGUUUCCUCGCUGAUCUUCCUGAACCUCUUUUGACAGAUUUGCAUUACCCAGUUCACUGCCAAAUAGCAGAAUUGUGCAGUAACGAAACAAAUGCAAAUGAUGCCCGACUUUUGAGAGCGCUUCAGCUCUUGUUGUUGCUUUUGCCGCCAAAGAAUAGAGUAUUGCUGAAGCAUGUCUUGAACCUUUUGAAUAAAACUGCGUCCUUUGAAGCUAACAACAAAAUGAAUUGUGAUACACUAGCUACUUUAUUUACACCACAUUUAAUGUGUCCAAGGAAAUUAUCCCCUGAAGCUCUGCACAUAAACUCACAAAACUUGUCUGGAAUUGUUGCUUUUAUGAUCAAGAAGGGUUUGGAAUUGUUCGAGAUUCCACCCAAGUUAGCAAUGGAUAUCAGAGCUUAUUGGGUUGAACAAGAGAGGAAGCUCCUGAGUCCAAGAAACGCAGACCUGAACGAGUCAAUAUCGGACACGACAGGGACGGCCCGCACGGUUUUCAGUUUUGUGGAUCAUCAAUUAACAGCCCAAGCCACAGCUUCUCAAGACACACAAGCGGCCUUGGCUCAACUCUACGCGUACAUUCAAUCCAUGCCCGAGUCUGCGAAAAAACGAAAAUUGGUUAAGCAAUUUAAUAAAGAAAAUGGACAAGGAACUCCGCGACCCGUGAAACAUGACCGUACUAAAAGCCUGGGCGACUCUAUAAAGAAACACAUUUUCCAGAAGAAACUUUUGGGCCACAAGAAACUGACGGAUUUAAAAAUCGGAUGUAAUUUUAGCCGGUCCAGCAGUGAGGAAAAUAUAUUAUCAACACCUCUUGACAAACCAAGGCUUCCUCCAAAAGGGACACUAAGCAAAUCGGAGGAUGAGCUUAGCACCGACAGCUUUGGCGUACUAGAGACAGAAAAUCUCUUUAAAAUUAAGCAUAUGAGUAGCAGUACGGGUAGUCUUGAUACUCCUACUUUAUCAACUCUCAAAGCAGAAAAUCGUCGAGUUCUCAACUUUGAGAGUAUUGACGAAGAACAGUCUCAUUCCCCAGCAUUCAGUGAAUUGAAUCUGAGUGAAAUGGAAGAGCAUAUGAACUCCCAUCGAACAUCUUCGACUGAAAAGACGCGUAAUUCGUCGGACGUUCACGUCUCUAAUGACGUUAGAUUGUCCCGACACAGUAGCGAACCUCCAAAUAUGUAUUCGUCCCAGACAAACUUGGGCAGAGUGAAUGAAAACGAAUUAGUCAGACCGCAAUCUGAUCCUGCAAUUCCGACGUCGAAGAGGUCAAAUAUUGAGGUUGUCUUCACUCGUCGAUUAUCGACUUCGAGUCUCGGAUCACAGUAUUCGAAUUCGGACAAGGAUUCUCCAAAGUCAAAUAAGAAUUCCGGAAAAUCAGACAAAACCACUAACGGUUCGGGUAAAACGUCUUCUUCUCCUAUAAAAAGUAUCUUGAGGAAUGUUUUCACAGCACAUACAUCGACACCAUCGAAUUUUCUGCGACGAAGCUUGGCUACAAAUGAGUAUAUGUUAACACCAAUUACGGAUGCCGAUAACAGCAUGAGCCCGAUUACUCAAAGUGCUACUAAGAUGAGCAAGGCUAUGCAGGAAAAUAUAAUGACGCCCCGAUCUCGAAAACCUGUUGUGAUGUCUUCAGUCACAAAUAUCUGCAAUCUUUCAACAUUGCACAGCGAUACAAUCCAAUGCCAUCCUAGCUCUCAUUUGCGAGGAUUCAACACAGACCUAGUGUUCCGGAAAGGUUGCACUUCCAUUAUAGAAGAAUCGCCAAUUUCCUCCGAUACCUGUUAUGAUGAAGCUCAUCUUCAGAAUAAGGAAAACGUUCGCGCACAUCUACAAAACGACCAAAACUACGUCAUGUCACCAGAAUUUGACGGCAUUUCAAGCGUUCAAAAAAGUUCCUCUAUCACGAGCACCUUCAAAGAAUACCUUUUGUCAAGAAGUGUCCUCACCGCGAGUCCAGUUGACCUGAGUUUCGCAUCCCGUACUGGAGAUUUCGAACCAUCCGAAUCAGACUUAAAUAUUUUCAAUGAAGACGCACUAUCUGACAGUCUUCUGAAUUGUCUCGAUGGCAACAAUCCGAGUUCUGAUACCUCAGGAAUCGCCUCUGGCAGCACAAACAGUGCAGAUAAUUCAGCAGAAAAAAUGGAAGAGCUCACUUCGCCCAGAAAACGUGGAACGAGUUCGCAACGCAACGAUUCCAAGCGAGCCAUCAAGAAGAAAAAUACCUUUAGCAAUUCGAAAAAUCAAGCCCUGAUGCACAAACAGCUCAGUGAUUCGACUCUAAACUCGCUCAGAAGUAAUGAAGUACCCCCGGAAACUGCGUUCUGAAGUAAAAAAAAAACACACACAAAAGAAAAGUUUACACUUAUGUGUAAGUAAAAUCUAUACUUAUAUGUAAGUAAAACUAAAAGGCUUCUGCACAAUUAUAGAUUCAAAUUGUUAUAUUUAAAUUAGACAGAGAGGUAAAGUUAUCGUGUUAGCAUUAUUUUUUAUCGUAGCAUUUAUUUGUUACAUUACCGGACUAAAUCACGUUCGUCGACGAUGUUGCAAAGUGGAAACUACUUCGUAAAAUACGAGAAACUUUGCUAAAAGCUUGGCUCGAUGUUUUUUCAUGGCUUCUUAUUUGUUUUAAACGGUGUAUGUAAAACGUGAAUCUAACCGGAAGUCUGACUGUUGUCAAGGAGACAUUGUAUUCUUGGAAAACUUCUUAAAGUAUUAAUCUAUUAAUAAACUCGCAUUUUUACUAAUAGGA